AUGAUGGUGGUGGCUUCAAAUCGGAGAUCGUGGUGGAUAUGCCCCUCACCAGCUUCAUCUUCUCAAGUUCCUAUUCGUCGGAAAUCGUCAUUGUCGCCAUCGUUGGUUCUGCUUAGGGUGGAUCUGUCCGAAGGAGAGGGAUCUGAAGAUGAUGGAGAAGGAAACGUCUUCCUCCCCUCGAUUUCACCGGCAAUAUUGAUUUCUUUGUACUCUGUCAUUCCUCUCACCCAUAUACACCCUGCCACCAGAAAAUGCAAAUCUGAUUUAAAAAACGAGUUGUUUGGGUUGGAGGAAGAGGAAAGGGAUUUAUGGGUUUAGCAUCUGGGAUAAUUGUAGUUGAUGGAGUGGUUUUGGUACUGGAGCUUAAUAUCGGAGGUGGUGGUGAAUACCGGAGAAUGACGGCGAUGAUGGCGACAGCGGUCGACGACAAUAGUGUUGGUGGCGGUCGAGAGAAGUAGUGCUGGACCGGUGGUCGUGUUCAAUGGUAGUGUUGGUGCUGGUGUUUAUUUUUUUUAAUUAGG